CACACACGCGCGCUGCGUGUGUCACGUUGGGUUUCCCCUGGCAACAGGCACACUUCCUCCUCGUCAUUUUUUUUCUGCCUCCUCUCUCUCUCACUCCUCUCUCUCUCCUCUCUCUCUCCGCUGACCCGCGCCACUGCAGCGACGUUCCCCGCUUGCGCUCCCGCCCCUCGGAGCUCGGCACGUAACUUCAUCAGGGGCAGGUGGCAGCGGCGCAGAAGGCAGCGGGAAACGACAGCGCCGCAUCUCUCGAAUAGCUGUCGGGGUUGGCUUUCUUCUUUUUCUUCUUCUUCUUCUUCAAAAGGGGGGCCAAAGAGAAGGAGGCGAAAGGGUCCCGAUCCGUUUCGACGGAACAGCGACAGCCCUCAGCGUGGUUCUCAAAAGGUUCGUCGCGUGGUCCGCGUGUGACAUUUACAGUAUGACAGCAGGAGACUCAGCCAGCGCGAACUCCGCCUCCAGCAGCAGGGUGUCCGCCCUUGAUGACGAGACCAUGAACGGGAGCAUGGAGUCGAACCCGAGCCACGGCGGCUCGCUGGAGUCCGCGGCGGCGGUGGCGGCGGCGCCCCCUCCGCUCAGCCCGUCCAUCCUGGCGCUGCUGUCCCGCACGGGCUUCCAGCUGUCGCACGAGAACGGCCAGCGGCGUUACGGGGGCCCCCCGCCGGGCUGGGAGGGCGCCCCUCCUCCGCGCGGCUGCCAGGUGUUCGUGGGCAAGAUCCCGCGCGACUGCUACGAGGACGAGCUGGUGCCGGUGCUCGAGUCGGCCGGCCGCAUCUACGAGCUGCGGCUGAUGCUGGACGCGGACGCGAGGACGCGUGGCUACGCGUUCGUGACGUACGCCUCGCGGCAGGAGGCGCGCGCCGCCGUGCGCGGCCUCGACAACCACGAGGUGCGGCCGGGACGCCUGCUGGGCGUCUGCUCCAGCGUGGACAACUGCCGGCUGUUCGUGGGCGGCAUCCCGAAGACGGCGCGCAAGGAGGAGAUCCUGGACGAGAUGAGGCGCGCCACCGAGGGCGUCACGGACGUCAUCGUGUACGCGAGCGCGGCCGACAAGACGCGAAACCGCGGCUUCGCCUUCGUCGAGUACGAGUCGCACCGCGCCGCCGCCACCGCCCGCCGAAAGCUGCUCAACGGGCCGGGCCACACGGCGCUGCAGCUGUGGGGCCAGCCGCUGGCGGUGGACUGGGCCGAGCCCGAGCCGGACGUGGACGAGGACGUGAUGGAGACGGUGAAGGUGCUGUACGUGCGCAACCUCAUGCUGGGCACCGGCGAGGAGACGCUGCGCGCCGUGUUUGAGGCGGUGGCGCCGGGCGCCGUCGAGCGCGUCAAGAAGAUCCGCGACUACGCCUUCGUGCACUUCUCGGGCCGCGAGGAGGCCCUGCGCGCCAUGAGGGCGCUCGACGGCUCGGACGUGGACGGCGCCUGCGUGGAGGUCACCCUGGCGAAGCCCGUGGACCGCGAGCAGUACUACAGCCGCUACCAGCGCACGCAGCAGCAGCAGCAGCAGCGCGCCGGCACGCUGGGCGUGGUGACGGCCGGGGUGGAGGCGCUGCCCGCCGGCGGGUACGUCUACUCGUACGACCCCUACAGCCUCGCGGCCUGCGGCUUCAACUACGGCGGGGCCUACAGCACCGUCGUGGGGCCCAACCGCGACUACUUCCUCAAAGUGCGAGAGUGGAACCGCAGCGCCGGCGCCGCGGCCGUCCCCGUGCCGCGCGUCUCCCACCACGGCGGCUACAGUGCCGGGCGCAGCAUCUACAGCCGCUACCACGACAGCAAGGGCAAGGCCCUGGUGGAGCGUUGCGGCGCCGCCGGCGGCCUGUAUGAGCUGGUGCCGGGCAUCGAUAUGGCGUCCCUCAACCACGGCAUGACGCUCAAGCACGCGACCAUGCCCACCUACACGGCCAUCCAGUCUCCGUACUCCAUGUUCCCGAGCAUCGCCAUGGCGACCAAGAUGGCGGACGAGGAGAAGUCGGCGUCUCCGGAGCAGGGCGGCGUCAUGGGGCGACACGACCUGAGCGGCGCGAGCCAGGGGGGCAUGGUGCCCGCCCUGCCACCCACGCCCCCCCUCACUUACCAGGGACGCCCGCUGGGACCGCUCUACACCUUGACCCCCGGGGUGACCCCUGUGGCCACGGCGGCUGGCGGCUACUACGCGACGGCCACGGGCUACAUGCCGAUGACCGCUGGUCCCGGCUGGCAUGCAGAGCAUGGCGGGGAUGCCCAAGGGGACGAUGGCGGUGCCGUACGGGGCGUACGCUGGAUACCACAUGGCUCAGGCCAUCCCCAUGCAUGGACAGGAGGUGUACCAGCAGCUCUGAGCCAGCGUAGAGCAAAGUGCAAUCCCUGCAGCGUCAACACAUCCGCCCCCAGUACAGCCAAUGGGCAGAUUCCAGCAGAUACGCACACACGCGCACCCACGCGCACACACACAUGCACCCACACUCUGACCAUAUCUCACCGGACCGUGCGUGUUAGCACGUGCGCGCGUACCAACAUACGCGCCGUGCGUACGCAUGGCGAACAUACGAAUGCGUGCACCACGGUUGCACAUGAAUACACGCGCAAGCAUGAGGGUUUCCACCUCUUGAGCUAGAAAACACCCAAAGCAUCUUCAAGGGAAGAAGAAUGAGAAUAUCUCGAAGAGGGAUUGCAGUCGCUUGAGUGGUGGUGUGCUAUUGCGCAUCUGAUGAAAAGUCGGGACUUGUGAUGUCGAGAGAAAGACUCUAAUCAUUUUUUCCAAAACGGCGAUUUCAACGAAGAGGCAACCUGGGAUAAACCAGUGCAGGUGGUAACCCUGGCACGUGCGCGCAAGACACACACAGACACGACGGCAUUCCCACACUCGCACAGCUCAAACAGACACACGCGUGUAGCGACCGAACCACCAAGCAGCAUUUGCAUAUAUACAUAUUUUUUUGACAAGACCAUUCCAAACUUGAUUGCCGCUUCCGCGGCGCGUCCGGGGGGGGGGGCCCACAUUCGCCGAGAACGGAAGCCGCGUCGGCCGAGCCUCCCCAACCUGGCCGCACACUCGCACAGGCGGCUUCCUCGACACCGCGCCGGAGCCGAUCGGCACGGGGAGGCAAGUGGGGGGGGUCCGCGCCGGCUCGGGGGGGCGCCAACCCUCUGACGUGCGCGCAGGAACUCGCCACCGAGAGGAGGAAACACCGCUGCAACGUGGGCCACCCAAAACAUAAUUUUUGUGCUGCAAGAACAAAACUUCAUAGGGUUUUAUUACUACUGUAGUCAUGCAGUAUUAGAGAUUAAGGAAAUCGGGGGGUAUUUGUGAAGUUGUUUUUGUUGUUGUUUUCCCUUGUCUCGAGUGACGAGCUUUGUCUCUCGAGUGACGAAGAAGAUUUGGGCUCCGGCUAAAGCAGUAGAAAUCGGGCGAGAGACUUCUCAAAUUUGUCGCGACGGACUCUUGCGAUCGGUGACGACCGGGAAUGGCGAGCAUCGUUGAGGAUCUUUCUCAGGGGCGACGUGAACAUCAGCAGCCCCCCUUUCCCCAACCCCUUGUCUCAGGACCCCCCCCCCCUCCACCACCCCCCCCCUCACCAUCUCGGUGCAUCAUCGCGCUCGCCGUCCCCAUAUCGGGAGUGGGGGGGGGGGUCUCCUGUGUGCAUUUUAACGGUAGCCACGGCACGAGAGGGUUGUUGUUGUUGUUGUUUAAACCAAACAAUAUCUCGUUGUCUGCACGUUUGUUCCGAGUCUGUGCGUGAAUCUUUGUAGGAAAUGUUCAAGCGCCACUGUAGUGCAGUGGGCUGCGGCGUUUAUGGACGAAAGCGGAAAAAAGCAGAGUUUGAUCAUUUCCUCUUCUUCCAGAAAUUCAGGUUCUUCCAUUUAUUUUAUUUGGGGGGGGGGGGCGUGCCGACGUACAAACUGUGCUUUGUCUCACUGACGACGACGUCGAGGACUGUACGUGGAGUCACGGAGUGCCCUGAGGAGGAAGCCUUCAGACUCAGAAGCAGGAGGACAGUCGGCGAGCUUGUCUGCCCCCUUGGGGCGUGUAACUACUAUACGGAAGAGAGAGAGAGAUAAAAUUAAUAUAUGUAAAGAAGGGCAAGGGGUCGAGUUAUAGUGACGUGAAAAGAAACACUUUAAACUCGUGCACGUGGAAGAGAGUCGGGGAGCCAGUGAAGGAGAGAGGGCAUAUUGCAGAACCAUUUAAAGUUGCAGCGCAUCUACAAAGUAGAUACUUUUGUAAACGCUUUAUAUAUGUGUGUGUGUGUAAAAACAAACAAACAAAAUGUACCAACCUCCGGCGUCGUUUUAUCUAUAACAUUUUUGUUUAAAUCUCGCGAGAGUUCGAGCGGGGAGAACGACGAAUGAUCCAUCUCCUAUGUCCACCACUCGAGCGAGCGAGCGAGUGUUAUUAUUGUUAUUAUUAUUAUUGUUAUUCCUCGUCCUCCUAGUCGCCGUUGUGUUUGUGACGCCCCCCACCCCAUCCCUGCUUAGCUCUAUAUUUAAUAGCAUGCACUUACCUCACCAAACCCCGCACACACCCUCACCCCCCUCCUUCCAUUAGUAAUGCACAGCCGAGCACAAAUAACGUUAGAGUUAGCUUUCUUUUUUUGCACACAAUUUUGUUUGAAGUUUCAUUCAUUUUCUGUUGGUAGCUUUUAAGGGGCUCGUGAGUGUGUUUUUUUGUAAUGUUUAGUUCCCCCUACCUCUUUAACCCCUCACCUAAAAAUGUUUCCGUGCAACCGUCGUCAUUGUCACACCGGUGGCCGCUCAGUGACUUACGCCGGGGUGAGCUGGUGGGGCUGGGAGGGUGGUGGGGCUGGGAGGGUGGUGGGGCUGGGAUCACUGCGCCUGGCACGCAUUGUGUAAGCCACAACCGUGCCUUUACGCGCUGGGCGGGGUGUCGCGUGCCCUGCGGAGUGAUGUGAAGCCACAAUGGGGAAAAAAAACCUCGACAGAUGAUUCGCGGUGGGUGGGAGCAGUGCCGGAUGAAGCUAGUGCGGGGCCUGUAGCAUAUGAUGUUAUAAAGGGGCCUUAAAAAUAUAUAUAAUAUUAAAACACACAUUUUUUACUUGCAUAGUAAAGUAAUUGUAUUGUUUUUAUUUGCUAUACAGCCAGAUAAUACGACAAAUCGCUAACCUUAAACACCCAGUCGUUCAUAAAAGAUGAAGGCGGUAUAGUACUAUAGUAAUAGAGCAAGUGCAGAAUCACUGAACCGGAAUUGAUAGCUUGAAAGCAUUUAGCGCGGGGCCCUUGAAAGUGCGGGGCCCGUAGCUACUACAUAUGUGGCCACUUUUGCUUCUAGGAUAAUCCGGCACUGGGUGGGAAUCGACGUAAGAUGCGAACUAUCGCUACGUUCACCUCGUUCUACGCCCGCGAAGGUGCGGAAACGCGUUGCCAAAAGCUGUGAAUGUGCGCGCCCGCGGGCACCUGGGCGGGAGGAGCCGCCUUGCCCGGGCUGCCACCCGCCAGUGCGUUCGGUGCAAUCGGCAAAUACAAAAAUUCCCACGCCCACAAGGGGAACAAGAACGUGCGCGCACAGGGAACCCGCGGCUACCGCUGUUUUUGAAACGGUGGCUGCGAUCUGCACCACCGUCACGCUGUGCGAUGUGGUUUGCUCCCUGUGCGAUGUGGUUUGCUCCCUGUGCGAUGUGGUUUGCUCCCUGUGCGAUGUGGUUUGCUCCCUGUGCGAUGUGGUUUGCUCCCUGUGCGAUGUGGUUUGCUCCCUGUGCGAUGUGGUUUGCUCCCUGUGCGAUGUGGUUUGCUCCCUGUGCGAUGUGGUUUGCUCUCUGUGCGAUGUGGUUUGCUCCCUGUGCGAUGUGGUUUGCUCUCUGUGCGAUGUGGUUUGCUCCCUGUGCGAUGUGGUUUGCUCCCUGUGCGAUGUGGUUUGCUCCCUGUGCGAUGUGGUUUGCUCUCUGUGCGAUGUGGUUUGCUCCCUGUGCGAUGUGGUUUGCUCCCUGUGCGAUGUGGUUUGCUCCCUGUGCGAUGUGGUUUGCUCCCUGUGCGAUGUGGUUUGCUCCCUGUGCGAUGUGGUUUGCUCUCUGUGCGACGUGGUUUGCUCCCUGUGCGAUGUGGUUUGCUCUCUGUGCGAUGUGGUUUGCUCUCUGUGCGAUGUGGUUUGCUCCCUGUGCGAUGUGGUUUGCUCCCUCUGCAAGGGUCUUGGGGAGGGAGAGAGAAUACGAGAGGUGCCUUGUCGGGAGAUAAAAAAAAACCUUGUGCCACACACACAAACAAAUAUUCCCCGUGUGGCCUUAAUAGACUGUGGGGGCAAGUGCUGUUAGCGAGCACCUAUGAAGGCCGGAACGGUACACGAGGGGGUGGGUGGCCAGCACCACGCCCGACCGCCUUUGUCUCCCCAGUGGCGAUGUUUACACGUCGCACCAGGUACUCAUUUGAGGCUGAGUCGACCUAGGGGGGGGAGGCCCAGGACCGGUUCAGAUAAUCGUCACUGGCGUUGGCCGUGAGCGGCAAUCGAACCUGGAUCGCCGGGUUCAUUGCGAGGUGCGCUAACCGCUACACUCUCGCUCCCCACUAUACACACACACAGAGACACUAGAGACACACACAGAGACGCACACAGAGACACACACAGAGACACACACAGUGUCUGAAGACCAGCUGUGAAUGUCGCGCGUGCGACGGACGCACAGACUCCCCCCCCCCCCACCCCUGCAGGAGCUCCACAGCUCGGCGGCAUCUGUGCUGGGGCUGUUGCGCACGCACGCGCACGCACACGCACGCACACACACUAUGUACUGUAUGUAUAUGUAACCCACGCCAAAGCGAAGGGCUGUGCCUGCUGCGUUCGUGCUGUAACCAAAGUAAGGGACACUUGUGAGUAAUCGUGCGAGCAAUAAUUGUCGCGAUGUUGGUGGUAGAACGUCCGUUCGCUGUGAAUCGGCCGGCGGUGUCAGCGACUUGACUUGCCCAGCUUGCCGGGGAACUCUCUUGAGGGCUUGUUUGCGGCAAGUCCACACUACUGGGGUCGGCGGUUCGCGUGCGUUUGGGGUAAAGAGAUGUUGAACCCCUGGCCAGCGUAGAAGAGUAGGCCAAAAUAUAUCCUCGGGAGGUGCUUUCUAGAGAUCCCUCCAGUGGAGAUCCCGUUCGGUCAGCAAUUGGCACCAGCGAGGAAUUGCAGCGCUACGCCUUUACCACACUCUUAUUAUUGCUGAGAAGGCCGAGCUGUCUUUCUCGGGCUCACCCCAUCAGGACACAUCUUAGCCCCUACAAACCCCAGUUCCUUCCAAGGGUAAAGGAAUAAUGUACGCAGAUCUCACCGUUCAUACGUCAUGUUGGACGUGUGCUCGUUCAGAAACACAAAGACGCCAACGUUUUACGCGCGUGGAACUUCCCUGCAGCUCUCACGUUUACGACGUAUAUUACACGUAGUUUUAAUCGAGACAACAAGAGAGAGAACACGUGAAAUGUUUAUUUUUUAAUCUACCCGUAAAAGUUGUUGUCCAUCGAGGCGAGAUGUUGCCUUUUUUUGCGCGAGUUUAGGAAACACACAAACACACAAAUGUUUUGUGGAAGUACCGCAGGGGCGGCUUGGGUGAGCAGGACAAGUGGGGAAGUAUGAUCGUUGUGUUUUAGGGCUCUGCUUGGGAACAAAAAGAUACGCGCGUUGGCACCGCGGCCUUGUUUGCCACAACAGAUGCGAUUUAACUUAUGGCGUGCGUUAAAAACAACGUUUUCUCACUUUUGAAUAAUGUUUAAACUAAAAAAAAUUGUAAACAACAAAAACAUUUUAAAAAAAAUAAGUCCUCUCGUUUUAUCUUUCUUACAUUCUGCUCAGUUUUUUUUAGUAGCCUAGUACAGCGUAGAACAUUACCAGACGCUAGUUUACCUUUGUUAUGUUAUUGUUCCAUCUUUAUUUUAUUUCAAGAGUUUAUUGAUGUUCAGUUUCAGCAUCGCUGUGUCGUUUGCUUUGUUUAGUGAAGUUUGCUUGUAUGUACAACUUGAAAGCAGCAUAUCCUUAUGUUCUAUAUUGCUUACAUACCGAACAUCUUAAUAUAAAAGAAAGAAUUGUUUUUGAACUCUAUUGUAUUUUAUUUCUGUUGUAAUCGUUACGUGUUUCACCGUUAGGACUCCUAACUUGUAAAACAUACGGUUAUAAGAAGGUUACGUUAAAAUGCCACAUUUUUAAAGGUGUGUGUUCUCGUGUGUCCGUUUGGAAUAAAGCAGUUUGCGACAUCACAAUGUCUAUGGAAUGA